UUUCUCUGCUUAUCUGGCGCCCCUCCCGCCGUCCUUCAGAUCAAACAUGGCGGCGUCUGUGGUUCGGACCCUCGGCUCCAGUUUGGCCAAAAACCUGCGCGAGGUUCGGCUUCACCUGAGCCAGAGCUGCGCCGGGAGCCAGGGCGCCAGAGAGUUUGUGGAGCAGCACUACGUGACUCUGAAGAGGUCCAACCCCGAAUUCCCCAUCCUCAUCCGAGAAUGUUCUGGAGUCAGGGCCACACUUUGGGCCAGAUACGCUCACGGUCGGGAGCGCAGUGUCUCUGUGGAGAACAUGUCGUGUGAUGAAGUGGCCUCGGCUCUGAACGGACUCGUGCAAAACAAAUGACCCCUGUGUGACCUUCGUGUGACCUUUGUGUGACCUGUAUUAUAAAAUUAUUGUUCAAAUGUGUUAAAUAAAAGAUUUAAACUUUAA